AUGGAUUUAACAUAUGCGUAUAGCAAAUUACGCAGCCAGUUCGGACGUCAGAUAAUGUUCUGCGAACAAAGAACGGACAUGUGCGACAGCAUCAGCGUGAACCCCAGCGAGCACAAGCACUACAUCCUGCGCAACCCCGUGCACACCAUCACGCAGCACACGCCCAACUUCUCGCAGUGCGAGAUCAACACCAUCCGCGCCGACUACUCCAACAGCGGCGCCAACCACGCCGAGGGCGGCUGGCCCAAGGACGUGAACGUGAACGACCCCGAGGCCACGCAGCGCUACCGCCGCAAGAUCGAGAAGGACGACGCCUACAUCCACUGCAUCAUGGCGCUGUCCCCGGGACUGGAACGCCUUGUAUUGCAAAAUAACGCUAUAGAUAUGUACCAGACCUAUUACACCGAGCUAGCAAACAUGCCUGCGGUAGAGCACAACAGCUGUCGCACGGUGAACGUGUACCGGGACGGCGCCGGCGCCACCGCCGUGGACGAGACGGGCCGCACGGUCGCCGUCAGCAGCCCGUGCCGGCCCGUCAGCUCGCUGUGCUGGCUCCCCGACGGCGGCGCGCGCUUCGCUGCCUCCUACGUCGACGUGGACUUCAACCGUGAAACGACCUCUCCACUGUUCGCAUACAUUUGGGACGUAGAGAACUCCAACAUGCCCGAGACGACCAUCACGCCGCCGUGUCCGCUGCUGGACCUGCAGUACAACCCGAAGGACGUGAACGUGCUGGCGGGCGGGCUCAUGGACGGCGGCGUGGCGGCGUGGGACGUGCGCGAGAAGGCCAAGAAGCCCAUCGCGGCCAGUCCGCCGCACGUGGCGCACCGCGACUAUGUGCGCAACGUGCUCUUCAUCAACGCCAAGACCGGCAUGGAGUUCUUCUCCGGCUCGCCUGACGGCGUCGUCAAGUGGUGGGACAUGCGCAAGAUCGACGAGCCCACCGACGAGAUGAUCAUAGACGUGGUCAAGACGCAGAAUGACGUGCAGAGCAUGGCCAAGUCCAACGGUAUCAGUGUCAUGGAGUUUGAACAGACUAUACCGACGCGUUUCAUGGUCGGAACAGAAAAUGGCUAUGUGAUUAACGGUAAUAGAAAGGGUAAAACUGCAUUGGAUAAGUUACCAGCGAAGUUCGAGGCACACGUGGGGCCCGUUUGGCGUGUAGAGCGGAAUCCUGGCUUCCUCAAGAAUUUCUUGACGGUGGGCGACUGGACGGCGCGCAUCUGGAGCGAGGACUGCCGCGAGUCCUCCGUGCUGUGGACGCCACCGCUGCGGCACCGCGUGACGGACGGCGCGUGGAGCCCCACCAGGCUGUCGCUGAUGAUGCUGACGCAGUACGACGGCGUGCUGUCGGUGUGGGACCUGCUGCGGCGCCAGCACGAGCCCGUGCUCUCCAUGCAAGUGUGCGACGAGCCGCUGGUGACGCUGCGCACGCACGAAGCUGGCUCCUUACUAACGUGUGGAAGUAUCAAAGGGAAUAUAUACUUAUUGGAGCUGUCGCAGACUCUGGCUGCCUCUGACAAAAACGACAAACUUCUAUUGACUGCGGUGCUGGAGCGCGAGAGCAAGCGCGAGCGCAUCCUGGAGGCGCGCCUGCGCGAGAUCCGCCUCAAGCAGCGCCAGGCGGAGGAGGCGAGCCCCACGCACUCCGGCACCGACGUGGACGCGACGGUCGGCGACCGCGACCUCGCCGACGCCACGGCGGACUUCAUGCAAGCCGCUAAGAAGGAGCUCGCCUCCAUGUAG